AUGAUCAAUUUCUUCUUGGUGCAAAACAGACAGGGGAAAGUGCGGGCGGCUAAAUGGUGGGUGCCCUACGAUGACGCCGAGCGGGCCAAGCUUGCCCUGGAAGCCCACCGCGUCGUCAACGCGCGCCACUCCAAGUUCACCAACUUUGUCGAGUUCCGCGACCACAAGCUCGUGUACAGGCGAUACGCCGGUCUGUAUUUCUACCUGUGCGUGGAUGUGAGCGACAAUGAGCUGGCGGCGCUGGAGCUGAUUCACCUGUUCGUGGAGGCGCUGGACGCCUACUUUGGCAACGUGUGCGAGUUGGACCUGGUGUUCAAUUUUGCCAAGGUCUAUCAGAUGCUCGACGAGAUCGUGGUGGGUGGUGAGCUCAUCGAGACCAGCAAGGCUCGCAUCCUGCAGAGAGUCGACGAGCUCGAUCAACUCCCCUGA